GAAAAGCGUCGUCAUCGCCCCCUUCCAAUGUGGACGCAAGCUGAGUCCAAUCAUUCCUAAGUUAUAGAUCAGCAAGCCGAAAAACUCCAACAUGGCAGGAUCGGAACGCAAACAAUCAAACACGAAUAGAGGCAUCGUGAUCCAAGAUGACUGGCCUGGGUACAGUUUAGACCAGUUCACCUAUCCGGAACAUUAUUCAGGGGCUCUGGAGUGCGUCUACAUCCCUCAUGGAGUUAUUAUGGACAGGACUGAGAGACUGGCGAGGAAUAUCAUGGAAGAUCUGGGUGAUCAUGAUAUCGUGGUGCUGUGUGUGCUGAAGGGAGGUUAUCAGUUCUGUGCUGACCUUGUGGAGCGCAUCAAAGUCUUGUGCCGGAACUCCAACAAGACUCUUCCCAUGAGGGUGGACUUCAUACGGCUCAAGAGCUACCUGAAUGACCAGUCAACUCAAGAUCUCCAUAUAGACGGAGCAGAGAACCUGUCUCUGCUGAGUGGAAAGAACGUCCUGAUUGUGGAGGCCAUCGUGGACACUGGGAAAACUAUGAAGACUCUGCUGAAUCAUGUUGAUGCCUUCAGGCCCAAGAUGAUUAAAGUCGCUAGUUUGCUGGUGAAACGGGUGCCCAGCGGGACUGGUUAUUUGCCAGACUAUGUAGGAUUUGAGAUCCCCAAUCGUUUUGUGGUCGGCUAUGCCUUGGAUUACAACGAAUACUUCAGAGAUCUCAGUCACAUCUGUGUGAUCAGUAAUAAAGGGAAACAGAAAUAUAAGGUCUGAUAAAGAUGAUCUCUUAUCUCACUCCCUCACAUCAAUAUCUGAAUGUUGACUCGGGAGGAUGGAAGUCGUCAAUGGAUCACACGAAAUGCGAGGUGUUAUGAAACACUUUUAUCAAAGAUCUUUUGCUCUCCUUUAUCUCUGUCACAGUCUAGCCUCAAUGUGACUAAGAGGCUCUUCAUAAAGGGUGCAUUAACAAGGCAAUCCCAUGCAAAAUGUAACCAUUUUUAACUGUUGUAAUUCAUCCAUUCCUGGAAAGUUGUUUACUUACACUUUACGCACAAAUUAUGCAACGCAUUUAUUUACCCUCCUGUCAUUCCGAGAACACUUGGAAUAAUGUAGAUAAGCCGUAUGGACUGCUUUUAUGGUUCCUUUUAUGGUGUGAUGCAUACAACUUUAAAACGGAAUGUAGAACUAUUUCUUUAAAAACUUUAUACAAUACACUAACUAUGGACUAGCGGUACUACUGGCACCAUUUGUUUUAUUCAUGUUUACAUUUAUGAAACUUUUUAUACAUUUUGUAAUAAUUCCAUGUAUUGUAACAACAUUAAAACAUUAUGCAUUCA